GGAAAAAAAGUAAAGGGGUUUAAACGGAAAAGCGCAAGCAAAGACCUUAUCUAUCUAUUUGGUUAUACCUCCAACCAUCAAUGGGCACGUGUCGGUACAACCUGGGUUGCCGAAACGUCUCCCAUUGCUUCUGGGAACCUUCUGGAAAAUAAAUAAAAUAAAAAAUAAACCACCAUCGUAGCUUCUCGCGCUUUCUUUUCCGGGUUGAGAUACACCUAUCUCUUUUUCUCCUCUUUUCUCUUCUCUUCCCUACCUUCUCCUUCCCUUCCCUUCCCUUCCCUUCCCUUCCUCGCUCUAUCAUCCCUCUCUCCCCCCUUCAAUGCUUUUUAUUCCUCUUUUUUUUUUUUAUAAAAAAAAAUAAUUAAUUAAUCAAUAAAAUUUAUCAGAACUUUCUAGAACCGCUUUCGGGAAACCCCUUCUAUUCUAGGGAUUCACCUUCCGAUCCGGCCGCGAUCGGCGAUGGCACCGCCGACCGGCGACCAGACAGCGGCGACGACUGCCGGGGACGGCCAGAGGACGUUGCCGACCCCGUUCCUCACGAAAACCUACCAGCUUGUAGAUGAUCCCGCCAUCGAUGAUGUGAUCUCGUGGAACGACGACGGAUCCACCUUCAUCGUCUGGCGCCCCGCCGAGUUCGCCCGCGAUCUCCUCCCUAAAUACUUCAAGCACAACAACUUCUCUAGCUUUGUUCGCCAGCUUAACACCUACGGUUUCAGAAAGAUCGUACCCGAUCGGUGGGAGUUUGCCAACGAUUGUUUCCGGAAAGGUGAGAAGCGGCUUCUAUGCGACAUACAUCGACGGAAGAUCUCGCCGGCGGCGGCGGGUGCGACGCCGGUCCAAGCUGCUGUCACGGUCGCUGUCCCGCCAAAUCGGACUGGAUCACCGACAAACUCCGGCGACGAGCAGGUCCUUUCUUCGAACUCCUCCCCCGGCCCGCCGCAGGCGUUGGCAUCUUGCCCUUCAGGAUCCGCAAGUGCGGCGGAGCUCAUGGAUGAGAACGAACGGUUACGGAGAGAGAACUCGCAACUCUCCCAUGAGCUCAGUGAGAUGCGCACCCUCUGCGAUAACAUCCUCCUCUUGAUGUCCAAGUAUGCCUCCGCUCGCAACGGUGGCACCAGCGGCUUAACGGGGGAUUCCUCCGGCCCGCCACCACCUCCGCAGUCGACAUCGCCGGAAGAGGCUCCGGGGAGGGUGGAGGAGACGAGCAGCCCGAGACUAUUCGGCGUCCCGAUCGGGACGAAGCGUGCACGAGAAGAUGAGGGCGAGGAGCCUCAGCGCGUGAAACCGGAGCCGUUGGAUUCCGGAUCCGACCCUCAGGAUGAUCCGCAGGAUCACCAGACCUGGACCGUCUACCGCCCUCGCCCAAAUCGAAGGGUCUGCAAUGCCUUCACUGAUCACGUGACCUAGUCACGUGCCAAUCUCCUCUAGAUCCGACCCAUUUCUUUU